UGCCGAGUUUGAAGCCCGAACGACGUUGUGCGUCUCUGCGCAGUGAAUUCGAUGUCCCUCAUCGCUUGACUCGGACUGACUACAGCGCUCCGCACACCCCCUGGACACCCUGGCGGUACCUUUCUUCGAGGGCUCCUACCUCCCAAAACAAGAGGAUGAGUUUGUGGACACGGUCCUUCAAGAGAUGGAGGCCUUUCUGCAAGCAGGCGAAGAGAAAAGUGUGCUGCUGUUCCCUCCCCUCCCGAGUCGACUGCGCUUUCUGAUCCACAAAGCGGUGGAGAAGUACCCUCCCCUGAGCACCUUCUCUGUGGGGGAGGGAUGGAGCCGCAGGGUGGUGGUGUGCUACUCUCACCUCAGGUUGCCCCUUGAGCGGGAGGGGGAGGCUGACGCUGAUGCACACAAGCAGGCCCCUGGGCGGGACAGGGCCACAGAGGGUGGGAAAGGCAGCCAGCCUCCCGAGCCCCGGCGGAUGCGCAGCAGGGGUACUCGGAGGCCAGACAAGGCCAUCUAUGUCCCGCGUGCCAUGAGGAUAGCUGCUUCCCAGGGUCCUGACCAGGUGGAGCUCAACCCUCCGAGCUGUACCCUGAGCCCGAGUGCUGCAGAGGAGUCCUGCCCCGAUGCUGCCAAUGAGAAGCUUCCACAACCACCAGCAGCCCCAGAUGAGUCUGCUGGCAAGGCGGAGGUCUCUGACCCCCUUGCCGACCCAGAGACGCCACCAGCGGUCCUGGAAGAGACUGUCUCUUACUUCAUUUCUAUGUCCCUGGACAGCGAAAAGGAGGACAGCAGUGGCAUUGCUGAGCCGGCAACCUCACAGGUACCAGGAGAGGCCAAAGAAGACCCUGAAGAUUUCACUAGAGAGAUUGUAGCUCACCUGCGGGAAAUGGACAUCACCAUUCAGAGUGUUCACAAUGAAUACUCCUCCUACAACAACAUGUGGAUUGGAGCGGACGACUUCGCCCACGUGAUCGAAAUCUACGACUUCCCGGCUGUCUUCAAAACAGAGGACUUGCUGGAUGCUUUUGCAGACUUCAGCAAGGGAGGCCUGAAGAUUAAGUGGGUGGAUGACACUCAUGCCCUGGGGGUCUUCUCCAGCGUGUCAGCAGCUCAACAGGCGCUGUCCAUACGGCACCCGAUGCUGAAGGCUCGUACUUUGUCCGAAGGAAGCAGCAAAUCCAAAGGAAAGGCUCUGAGACGCGCAGAGUUCAUCCAGCCCGUUAAGGAGAGACCACGCACAGACACAGCCGUUGCCCGCAGGAUGGUGACCAGGGCGCUGGGCCUACAGCGGGGCGGCCCACGGGGCAAGCGCUACUGAAUGUCACGGGCCACCACGUGCUCCAACUUGCAAGCGAGGAGAGCAGGGGACUUCUCUCGGAAAACUGACCUGCUGGGACCCUCAGCACAGACAGGCCACCCAGUAAACCUCAUUGCCAAUUCCUCUACAGGGAUUAACAGUGUAACCCUUUCCUAUGCUGUCCUGUCCUCAACGCUUCAGGAUACCUGAUCGUUUCUCAUUGUCUUCUCCAGAAUUUAACUUCUUUUGAAGAAAAUCCUCUUUUGAGUUUCUCAUAAUUACAGAAGUAUUGCGAUUCAAAUGUUUUAAGCUUUGUUUUUAAUCAUUUCACUUUUCCUUAUUCAGCACAGAACACAAGCUGUUUACUGUCCUUCAGUGCAGCGUUUUAUACCGUAUUCAGUAUUUAUUAUCAAGUUUUAUUUUCUGAAGUUAAAAUUCAGAGAAUUUUAUGUGAAUAUUUUUGCUUUAUCAAUAAAUUGGCAUGCAGACAUUUUAGUUGGGUCCUGUGUGAAUUUGAAAGACUCCCAAACAACCACAAUCCCUACAACUUCAGAAGAUGACAAUUAUGGUAUAAUCAUUUUUAAUAUUUUCAGGGUACAUCG